AUGGCUGACGAUCUGGGCCGUUCUGAUCGUGUGGGCAAAAAGCCCCGUCGCUCAUACAAUUGUGGGCCUUGCAAGAAGCAGAAGAUCAAGUGUGAUACCAACCUACCGUGCCAGAACUGUACAAAGUACCGCAGGGAGGACCAGUGUUAUGCGGAGCCACCUCACCCAAUCACGCGAGAGCAGCUAGAGAAGAAGCUGGAAAAGAGUCGCAAGCGUCGGUUGGCUAAGGAACGUCGCCAGCGUGGUUCCAAAGACAGUGUGACUGGGACCUCGAACGGGGCCAUAGAUGACGACGAGGACAAUGAGGAUGAUAUUGAGACUGCAAAUGGGCCGGUGGCUUCCCAUCCCGGCACUUCUGGAUUGAUGGCACCAGUGUUUCUUGAAUAUCCUGGAAUUUUGCCCCAGAUUCAGGCAGACCUUUCGUUUCAACAACACGCCCCAUUGGUUCAGUCCAUGAUGCAAUAUCCACAGGAACACCUCCAACCACAACCGCAAACUGACUUUUACCAUUACCCAGAGCAGCAGAUGCCUCCUCAGUUUCAACCGCAGCCCACACCCGAGUUUGUAGAGGAUAGUGCGGAGUCGCGGUAUUUGGAUGUGGUACGUGAACAACUAGAGCUGGGCUCUGAUGUUGGACCCAAGAUCAAGGCCAUUCUAAUCCCCAUGAUCCCUCCAAAAGCAACAAUCAUUGUCUUACUGGAUGAAUUUUGUGAGAACGUUAGUCCGUGUUAUUGUACAUUACGCCGGGAUCGCGUAUUGCACCAGAUCAACGCCCUGGACUGGGACGAUAAGAUAAAAUUUGCCGAGGAGGCUACUUUCGACUUUCUGGCCUUGCUUUUCAAGUUUCUAUCGGUUGCCUGCUCGCUCAUGUCGCCGCAGCGGUUUGAGACCAUGGGCUUUUCACCAGGUUUUCAGGGUGAACCUUACAAUGCCACGUUCUUUUACAACAACUGGUCAUUGCAAUGCAUGGGCCAUUUCGACUUUUUCAAGCAGAUUGUGCCGUACGAUCGAAACGAGGCUUAUAUGAACCGCAUGGACGUCCAGCGACUUAGCCGGAUCCACUCGCUGUUUGUGACACUGAGCAAGGAUGCCUAUUUCCAGGGCUUGAUGACUACAAUGGCCGAUGCGAUCGUCUCAGGAUUUGGGGACCAGCUCAAUUACGAAAGCUACUCGUUGCUGCCCAAAUCAGUGUCCAAAAUUGACUGGUCAGUGGAGGACAGAAAGGCCAUGUGGUGGAUGAUUUGUGUAGACGAUAUCGAAAACGCCGUUUUCUUCAAACGGUCCCCAGUGCUGCGGUCUCAUCUGUCUCAGGUUCCAUGGCCUUCAAAUAUUAACGUCGACAGUGACUCCAAGGUAUACUCGGACGACGAUUACACCGACUUCACGUCGGCACGUACCCGGAUUCAGAUCCUGACAGUGAUCAGGAGACUGUUCCCGGCAGCGGAUGUCAUUUCCGCAGGGAUAAAAGACCCAGAGAUUCGUGCUCUAAACAUUAUGCUAAUGAUGCUGAAUUUUGAAAAGAUUUUGGCCACAGCACCAUACCCAAGAUGCUUCACUUGCAGCGACAAUGACCCUUUGAUUGCGAGCCUUUCUGCCAGACGACGUGUGUGCUAUGAAUUUCACCGGUUCCAGUUUGUGGCUGAUAUUUGCAUCCACCGGUAUCGUUUGCUCAUGGAUUACAUCUAUCUUGAUAAUCCAGUGGUGAACUCGAUCUGCCUUGAUUGUUUGUUAACCAUUUUCAAGGCGUACAACCGACUGACUUCGCUGUAUCCACUAGACGGAGUUUAUGGCCCCAAGUACGUGAUCAUGAUCCCCAAGUUCAUCUCGAUUUUGCUGAAUAACCUCGCUUUCUGGCUGACAUAUGUUGACCGCCUUAGCGACAACCUCAAUAUCGAGAUGCAAUAUUGGAUUGAACGUCUCAAGAAUGAUACACACAGAUUGUCCGUUUCUAGACUAUCCAGCAAACUUUACAUUGUUCAGUCCAUUGAUUUCAUCAGCGCAAGAAUGUACAAGGAUGUCAAUGUGGAACAGAUGAAGGUCCAAAAGGGCAGGAUGCUCAACUUGUUGCCCAUGGACUUUGUGGCUGCAAAUACCACCACUUACGGGUUUGUUCCUCCUCCAGAGUUGUAUCAGAACUUCAAAAAGGACUGCGAGUCAAGAAUGAUCACCUACUACAUGGAGCAGGGAAUGAAGCAGGACAUUGUUCAAAACCCGCUUUUCGGAUCUUUUGGUGCCGAUUACGUGCAAUCUGUGGUGGAAGGUGUUGCUGAUUGUAAUCCCAUUGAGGCCAACGAUGUGUUUGAUGUCAAAAAUGCCAAAUCGAGCAGUUUUAAUGACACAGUUGUUACCCUUCAAAGGGCUCUAGGAACCAGUUUUCCUGUGUACGGCUAUGGGUCGAGGUUUGCACUAUUCUAG